CCAGGGGAGGCCUGAACCGGCCGGGCCUGGGUGCAGCCCCCCUGCCCUGGCUUCGGCCUCCCAGCCUGCCCCUGGGGAGGGGCCACCUGGUGUCAAUUAAGGCCCAGCCACGCGGCUCGCACCACGCCAGGCGGCUGAUUAGUGCCGCUGGCCUCUCCCGAUGGGGAGCCCGGCCUCAGAGGGGCGCCUGCCACCACGCCAGGGGAGGCCUCGCCAGAGCUGGAGGCCCCAGAUUGGAUCUGCGUCUAACGGGAUGGCGAUGCCCAGAGGAUAGUCCCCGCUAGCAUGCGUCACCUCUAGACACAUCCGCCAGACACGUCUGCUCCCCGGCCGGCCUGACCUGUUGCUUAGGGACACGUCCCUCUGCUUCCCCUGACGUCUGCCUGAUCAACCAUCGCUUCCUUAGAGAAUAAGGAAGGAGGCAGACACAGGAAAUCAUGCCGCCGACGGCCCAGCGACAGUGAGUGAGUGACACUGAGUUGACGUCAAAGGCAGAGAAGACCAAGAGCAAGAGCAGCUCCCUCUCCAGACUCCCCUUGGCCCCUGCAGCGCCAGCCCCCCGCUCCUCCUCGCGUCACAGCCAGAAGCCUGGCUGCUCCCGGCGAAAUCGUCUCGGCUUGACACACUUUGAGGUCUUCCGACCCCUGGACACUAGACACCAUGGAGAAUCACAUGUUCAGCGUCAAGCAGAUCCAACCCAAUGUCAUUUCUGUCCGCCUCUUCAAGCGCAAAGUGGGGGGCCUGGGGUUCCUGGUGAAGGAGAGGGUGAGCAAGCCACCUGUGAUCAUCUCCGACCUGAUUCGAGGGGGCGCCGCGGAGCAGAGCGGCCUCAUCCAGGCUGGGGACAUCAUUCUCGCCGUCAACGGCCAGCCCUUGGUGGACCUGAGCUAUGACAGCGCCCUGGAGGUGCUCAGAGGCAUUGCCUCCGAGACCCAUGUGGCCCUCAUUCUGAGGGGUCCCGAGGGCUUCACCACGCACCUGGAGACCACUUUCACUGGGGAUGGGACCCCCAAGACCAUCCGGGUGACACGGCCCCUGGGUCCGCCAACCACAGCCGUCGAUCCGUCCCACCAGCCGUCAGCCAGCAAAGAGCAGACCCCGGCGGUGGACGGGGCCACGGGUCCUGGCAAUGGGCCGCAGCACGCGCCAGACCAGGGGCAGGAAGCUGGCUUGCUCUCCCACACCAAUGGCCUGGCUCCCAGGCCCCCAAGCCAGGACCCUGCCAAGAAGAGUUCCGGGGAGAACAGUAAACUGCUCAAAGAGAUAGAGCCUGUGCUGAAUCUUCUCACCAGCGGGAGCAAAGGCAUCAGCGGAGGGGGACCUGCCAGAGCGGAGACAAAGGACGCAGAAAUCCAGGUGGACAGAGAUCUGGACGGCAAAUCACACAGACCGCUGCCCCUCGGUGUGGAGAACGACCGCGUCUUCAAUGACCUAUGGGGGCAGGGCAACAUGCCAGUCGUCCUCAACAACCCGUAUUCAGAGAAGGAGCAGCCCCCUGCCUCGGGAAAACAGUCUCCCAUAAAGAAUGGCAGCCCCUCCAAGUGCCCUCGCUUCCUCAAGGUCAAGAACUGGGAGACCGAUGUGGUUCUCUCUGACACCCUCCACCUUAAGAGCACGUUGGGAACGGGAUGCACCGAGCACAUCUGUAUGGGGUCCAUCGUGCUUCCUUCUCAGCAAAUACGAAGGCCUGAAGACGUCCGCACAAAAGAACAGCUCUUUCCUCUUGCCAAAGAGUUUAUUGAUCAGUACUACUCAUCAAUUAAAAGAUUCGGCUCCAAAGCCCAUAUGGAGAGGCUGGAAGAGGUGAACAAAGAGAUUGAAACCGCCAGCACCUACCAGCUCAAGGACACAGAGCUCAUCUACGGGGCCAAGCAUGCCUGGAGGAAUGCCUCCCGCUGCAUCGGCCGGAUCCAGUGGUCCAAGCUGCAGGUGUUCGAUGCCCGCGACUGUACCGCGGCUCACGGGAUGUUCAACUACAUCUGUAACCAUAUCAAGUAUGCCACCAACAAAGGGAACCUCAGAUCUGCCAUCACCAUAUUUCCCCAGAGGACCGACGGCAAGCAUGACUUUCGAGUCUGGAACUCCCAGCUCAUCCGCUAUGCUGGCUACAAGCAGCCUGACGGCUCCAUCCUGGGGGAUCCAGCCAGCGUGGAGUUCACACAGAUCUGCAUCCAGCAGGGCUGGAAACCCCCAAGAAGCCGCUUCGACAUCCUGCCACUCCUGCUCCAGGCCAAUGGCAAUGACCCUGAGCUCUUCCAGAUUCCUCCAGAGCUGGUGCUGGAAGUGCCCAUCAGGCACCCCAAGUUUGAAUGGUUCAAGGACCUUGGGCUGAAGUGGUACGGCCUCCCCGCUGUGUCAAACAUGCUCCUGGAGAUUGGCGGCCUGGAGUUCAGCGCCUGUCCCUUCAGCGGCUGGUACAUGAGCACAGAGAUAGGCGUCCGCGACUACUGUGACAGCUCCCGAUACAACAUGCUGGAGGAAGUGGCCAAGAAGAUGAACUUGGACAUGAGGAAGACAUCCUCCCUGUGGAAGGACCAGGCGCUGGUGGAGAUCAACAUUGCGGUGCUAUACAGCUUCCAGAGUGACAAAGUGACCAUCGUUGACCACCACUCUGCGACCGAGUCCUUCAUUAAGCACAUGGAGAAUGAAUACCGCUGCCGGGGAGGCUGCCCCGCUGACUGGGUGUGGAUCGUGCCCCCCAUGUCUGGCAGCAUCACCCCCGUCUUCCACCAAGAGAUGCUCAACUACCGACUCACCCCCUCCUUCGAAUACCAGCCCGACCCUUGGAACACCCACGUCUGGAAAGGUACCAACGGGACCCCCACAAAGCGGCGAGCCAUUGGCUUCAAGAAGCUGGCAGAAGCCGUCAAGUUCUCAGCCAAGCUGAUGGGACAGGCCAUGGCCAAGAGGGUCAAGGCUACCAUCCUGUACGCCACAGAGACGGGCAAAUCGCAGGCGUAUGCCAAAACCCUGUGUGAGAUCUUCAAGCAUGCCUUUGACGCCAAGGUGAUGUCCAUGGAAGAAUAUGACAUUGUACACCUGGAACAUGAAACUCUGGUCCUGGUGGUUACCAGCACCUUUGGAAAUGGAGACCCCCCUGAGAAUGGGGAGAAAUUUGGCUGUGCUUUGAUGGAAAUGAGGCACCCCAACUCUGUGCACGAGGAAAGGAAGUACCGGGAACCCUUGCGUUUAUUUCCCCGUAAAGGGCCUCCCCUCCCCCGAGGUGACACAGGAGUCCACCGUCUGGCUGCAGCCAGAUCACAGACUCUCUUUCAUCUUGGCAGGAGCUACAAGGUUCGUUUCAACAGUGUUUCCUCCUAUUCCGACUCCCGCAAAUCAUCGGGCGAUGGGCCGGACCUCAGAGACAACUUUGAGAGCACGGGACCCCUGGCGAAUGUGAGGUUCUCCGUGUUCGGCCUUGGCUCGCGGGCGUACCCUCACUUCUGCGCCUUUGGACACGCCGUGGACACCCUCCUGGAAGAGCUGGGUGGGGAGAGGAUCCUGAAGAUGAGGGAGGGGGAUGAGCUCUGUGGGCAGGAAGAGGCUUUCAGGACCUGGGCCAAGAAGGUCUUCAAGGCAGCCUGUGAUGUGUUCUGCGUGGGAGACGACGUCAACAUCGAGAAGGCAAACAACUCCCUCAUCAGCAAUGACCGCAGUUGGAAGAGGAACAAGUUCCGCCUCACCUACAUGGCCGAAGCUCCGGAACUCACACAAGGUCUAUCCAAUGUCCACAAAAAGCGGGUCUCAGCCGCUCGACUCCUCAGCCGUCAAAACCUUCAAAGUCCUAAAUCCAGCCGAUCAACCAUCUUCGUGCGUCUCCACACCAACGGGAAUCAGGAGCUGCAGUACCAGCCUGGGGACCACCUGGGCGUCUUCCCCGGAAACCACGAGGACCUCGUGAAUGCCCUGAUCGAGCGGCUGGAGGACGCACCCCCGGUCAACCAGCUGGUGAAGGUGGAGCUGCUAGAGGAGCGAAACACGGCUUUGGGGGUUAUCAGUAACUGGACCGAUGAGCAUCGCCUCCCACCCUGCACCAUCUUCCAGGCCUUCAAGUACUACCUGGAUAUCACCACGCCUCCAACACCACUGCAGCUGCAGCAGUUUGCCUCUCUGGCCACCAGUGAGAAAGAGAAGCAGCGUCUGCUGGUCCUCAGCAAGGGUUUGCAGGAGUACGAGGAAUGGAAAUGGGGCAGGAACCCGAACAUCGUGGAGGUGCUGGAGGAGUUCCCAUCCAUCCAGAUGCCCGCCACCCUGCUCCUGACCCAGCUGUCGCUGCUGCAACCUCGCUACUAUUCCAUCAGCUCCUCCCCGGACAUGUACCCCGACGAGGUGCACCUCACCGUGGCCAUCGUCUCCUACCGCACCCGAGAUGGAGAAGGACCGAUUCACCACGGUGUGUGCUCCUCCUGGCUCAACCGGAUCCUGGCUGACGAAGUGGUGCCCUGUUUCGUGAGAGGAGCGCCAAGCUUCCACCUGCCCCGAAAUCCGCAAGUGCCCUGUAUCCUGGUCGGCCCGGGCACAGGCAUUGCCCCUUUCCGAAGCUUCUGGCAGCAACGGCAAUUUGAUAUCCAGCACAAAGGAAUGAGUCCCUGCCCCAUGAUCCUGGUCUUCGGGUGCCGGCAGUCCAAGAUCGACCACAUCUACAGGGAGGAGACCCUACAGGCCAAGAGCAAGGGGGUCUUCAGAGAACUGUACACAGCCUACUCCCGGGAGCCAGACAAACCAAAGAAGUACGUGCAGGACAUCCUACAGGAGCAGCUGGCAGAACCUGUGUACCGAGCCCUGAAGGAGCAAGGGGGCCACAUUUACGUCUGCGGGGACGUCACCAUGGCGGCCGAUGUCCUCAAAGCCAUCCAGCGCAUCAUGAGCCAGCAGGGGAAGCUCUCGGUGGAGGACGCCGGCGUGUUCAUCAGCAGGCUGAGGGAUGACAACCGAUACCAUGAGGAUAUUUUCGGGGUCACCCUGCGCACAUAUGAAGUGACCAACCGCCUUAGAUCUGAAUCCAUUGCCUUCAUUGAGGAGAGCAAAAAGGACACUGAUGAGGUUUUCAGCUCCUAACGGGACCCUCUUGCCCAGGUGGAUGGCAGGGUGGCCGCACCGCUGCACUCGGCCAGGAUGGCUGCAGGUUUUGUAAGCGCGGACACUGCUGAACCUUUCCUUCGGGCCCGCACACGGCCCCUGCUCUGCCUCCUGUCCUGUCGCCGUGUCCUGGUCCUCCUCUCCUGGGUUCUCACCUCUCAGUGGUUUCCUGGCCCUCUUGGGUUUUCUCCUUGAGUUUUCCCGCUGCAGUGCAAUGCCUUCAUAAUCCGCAGUGGCUCUUACAGAACUGUUUCCCCCUCUCUCUCUUUCUGACAGGGGCAAAUCACCGGUGCAUGAAGCCACUGGAGCGUGGCUGUGGCUCGUGUUAGGGUGUUUUCUGGGGUUUGCCCUGGAGAGGCUGCGGGAACCAGACGGAAGAGUUUUUUGAGCUAGUCCC